AUGAAUAGGAGAGUAGGGUUGAGUAAGUUCUCAAAACCGGAGGCACUUCUCAGCACGUUCAAUAUCAAGGGAAAGCAGAAGCAAAACCUUGAGAAGGAACCUGAGGAUGUCAACGCUCCACCAGUGCCUUCCGGGGACGAGGGCGAGAGCGAGGGCGAUGACAAGGGGGGGGUGCCACCGGUCGCAGAUUUGAGGCUGAAACCAAGUCGGGUCAAGAAAGAUAUAGUUUCUGACUCUGAUGAUUCAGAGACGGAAAGAUCAAACCGGGGGAAUAUCAAACGCACCAACUUCCCUACUUCGAGUACUGCUAAGUCUCGAGAGAAGACGACAAAGAAGACACGAAAGCGCGGGAGCGAGCAAUCGGCGGCCGAGGAUACCGAAGAGACAUCCUCCUCAAGCUCCAAACGAAGGAGGGUGGCUUCCGGGCCUGCAAACGAUUCGGCAAAUCAUUUCAUUGAUGCGCGAGGAUUUACAAAGUCCUCAAGAUCUACAGUGAGAUAUGGCUCUUCCAGAAAUGGCAAGGGAUCACAGGCUUCAAGAGCGUCGCAAGCGUCCCCUAGCUCGCAGGAAUCACAAACGAAUAAAGGUAAAGGCAUUGGUUCAGACCGCAAGACCCUGGCAAAACAAGACGAGGAUGGCGGCCUUGACAGCUCUCCAAUCAAAGAUAAACCAACGUUCAAGCUCGUCUCAAGAGAAUCUCUCAGCCCCAAAAAGUCAGAAUCAAAAAAGCGCAAGCUGACCGUACCUGUGGAUGACCUAGGGUCUCCCGAGAAGGGAGUCAAAACGCCCAUGAUUUUACCAAGCCGUGAAAAUUCUUGUUCUAGCCAAGACAAGAAAGGAGGUUCCAGCAGCGCUUCACAAGGGUCAACUUCCGCCGGAAAGGGCGUCUUCCAAAUACCCGCUGUGAUCAGAAAUAAAAAACCAAAAAGGAAGAUGCGACCUCCUUCGCCCGAGUAUAAGCCUGCGACGUUCAUCAACCCGGUUGAUAUUGAUUUCGAUUUCGAUUUAGAAGGUGGCAAUGCUGAUAGUGUCUCAUCGCCCAUCUUGUCGGAUCUGGAUCAACUCAGCGACACGGAAUCUAAUGAGAUACCGCCUGAAGAUGAGAAAGUCUCCGAAGAGACGAUGGCCAAAUGUCCAUGGUGCGGUGAUGUUGUUUUAGAGCAGGCUCUCAAGGACUACUCGAAAGGCAAGAGAUUGAGUGUGCAAAUGCAGACAAGGUUCUGUGCAAAGCACAAGAAGGAAACAGCUAUGGACACAUGGCGUGAAAGAGGCUAUCCUCACAUCGAUUGGGACCGAUUGGAGAAACGGCUUGACGACCAUCAGCAAUACUUGGCCAGGAUUGUUGACGGGAAAGAGUCCCAUUACCGCAAUAUACAUGCUGAAAAGGUCCAGACAGGCCAGGCCAGGUCACUCAAGAAAGAGGGAGACUUGAACCCAGGCUAUUAUGGCCCACGAGGCUGCAAAGUCAUGUGCGACUACCUCGUGGAUGAGUUUGGCCAGUCAUUGAAAGACAAGGCUACAAAGGACCGUGUCAUUGCUGGGCGUGGUUCGGCAGCUUUUAUUCAAUCAGUCUUGGUUGCUGAACUUGCUGUGCAGCUGAUAAUGGAGGACAUGAACGUGAAUGCGCGCGAGGCUCGAGAGAUCAUGGAAGAGAGCAAGACUCUGGGCGAGUUGCUACACGAAGAAAUAUGA